GUAUUGCUGGAUGGAAACCCAAUACAAAAUCUAAACUUGGGAUGGUUGAGAGAUCAGAUUGGAGUGGUUGGGCAAGAACCUGUUCUCUUUGCAACUACCAUAGCAGAAAAUAUCCGCUAUGGCCGUGAUGGAGUAUCCAUGGAAGAUAUACAUAAUGCUUGCAAGGAAGCAAAUGCUCAUGAUUUCAUCACAAAAUUACCGAAGCAAUAUGAGACAAAUGUUGGAGAACGUGGAGCCCAAAUGUCAGGAGGUCAAAAGCAACGCAUUGCAAUUGCCAGAGCUCUGGUGCGCCAGCCACGAAUAUUACUUCUGGAUGAGGCAACAUCAGCUCUUGAUAACCAGAGUGAAGCUGUCGUCCAGCAAGCACUAGACAAGGUUCGACAAGGUCGCACAACAGUCAUCGUUGCUCACCGACUAUCCACCAUUAAGACUGCUGAUAAAAUUGUUGUAUUCAGUGAAGGGAAAAUAGUUGAAUCAGGAACUCAUGAGGACCUAAUGAAGAUAAAGUCAUUAUAUUAUAACUUGGUGACAGCACAGAUCUCCCCAACAGAAUUACACAAAGAAAACAAGGAAAUGGUAUCAUCUGUGGCUAAGACUGCCUAUGACACCGAAAGUUUAACUGAAAUUAGUCAAGAUAUCAUGGAUGAUUUAGCUAACAUGGCCCCAACUGCUUUGGUACGCAGUCUGUCCACCAGGUAUUCUCAACGCCGACGAAGAGCCUCUGUUAAAAGUGAGAAGAAUGUAGACAAAAAUAAGAUAGAGGAGCAGGAAGAGGAAGAAGAACCUUUUGAAUCUGUUUCAACCUUGAAGAUUCUGAAAAUGAAUUCUUCAGAAUGGCCAUAUAUUGUUGGUGGGGUGAUAGGGUCAGCUAUGCAGGGAGUAAUUAUGCCAGCCUAUGCUGUUCUUUUUGGUGAGGUGCUUGGGACACUUUCAAUUGCUGAGCCAGAUGAAGCUAGGAGAGAAGCUGAUUUGUAUGCCCUACUUUUCCUUGUGAUGGGCUUUAUUGCUGCUGUUUCUAUGUUCAUGCAGGCAUACAUGUUUGCAUUGUCUGGAGAACUCCUUACUGCAAGACUACGGAAACUCACAUUUAAUGCUAUGCUGCAUCAGGAGAUGGGAUGGUUCGAUGAAGAGAAGAAUUCUGUUGGUGCCCUUUGUUCACGUCUCUCUGGAGAUGCUUCUGCAGUACAAGGGGCAACUGGAUCUCGUGUAGGAACUAUUGUCCAAGCUAUUACAACUCUUGGUGUAAGCAUCAUUAUGGGACUCUAUUUUGACUGGCGCCUAGGACUUGUCACACUUCCCUUUAUACCAUUUGUGCUGAUUGCUGUCUACCUCCAAAGUAAAAUCCUCAUGGGUCAGAGUGUCACAGAAUCCAAGACACUACAAGAUGCAGGCAAGAUUGCAAUAGAAUCAAUCACAAAUAUUCGAACAGUUGCGAGUCUACACAAGGAACAGCAUUUUGCUAAGAAAUAUUCUACUGCUUUGUAUAAACCUCAUAAAGAUGCUCUGAAAAAAUCGCACCUCCGAGGUGCUGCUUUUGGAUUUGCUCAAGCUAUACCCUUCUAUGCUUAUGCUGUAGCCAUGUUUUAUGGUGGUUAUUUGGUCAAUAUCAAAGAAAUUUCAUAUGAAAAUGUCUUCAAGGUAGCAGAGGCUCUCAUUCUUGGCACAAUGAUGGUGGGGCAAGCAGUAGCAUUUGCUCCAAAUUUCAGCAAAGCAAAAGUUGCAGCUUCUCAUAUAUUUAAAUUGCUUGAACGCCGUUCUGCAAUAUCUUCAUCUCCAGGAGUUGGUCUGAAGCUUAGUGGUCCUGUAACAAACAUUGAGCUACGUGGCGUGCAUUUCUCUUACCCGACAAGACCUGAUAUACCCAUAUUGACAGGGAUGGAUGUUAAAGUAGAACGUGGACAAACUUUAGCCCUGGUGGGAAGCUCAGGGUGUGGCAAAUCUACCAUCAUUAGCUUAUUGGAGAGGUUUUAUGAUGCAAAAAAAGGAAAAGUUUAUAUUAGUGGUGAGGACAUACAAGCCCUGAAUGUUGGCUGGGUAAGAAACCAGCUUGGUCUGGUAUCUCAGGAACCUGUGCUCUUUGAUCUUACAAUUGCCGAGAAUAUUGCAUAUGGCGACAAUAGUCGGGAAAUUGGACACAAUGAAAUUGUUGAUGCCGCCAGACAAGCCAACAUUCAUUCAUUUAUUGAGUCUCUACCAAAUGGUUAUAACACAAGAGUUGGUGCAAAGGGAACCCAGUUAUCUGGUGGUCAGAAGCAACGGAUUGCUAUAGCACGAGCACUGGUAAGAAACCCAACUGUGCUGUUGCUUGAUGAAGCUACCUCUGCUUUGGACACUGAAAGCGAGAAGGUUGUCCAGGAAGCCUUAGAGCAUGCCCAGAAGGGCCGCACUAGUAUUGUCAUUGCCCAUCGCUUGUCAACCAUCCAGAAUGCUAACACUAUUGCAGUGGUUCAAGGAGGCCAAGUGGUGGAAGCUGGAACACAUCAACAACUCAUUGAGAAGCAGGGACACUAUUUUUCUCUAUACAAAACAAAUAAAUAAAAAUACAUAUUUAUAGAUAUCAACAAAAUUAAAGAAUUUAAUUUUUAUAAUUUACAAUGUUAGAAAAAAUUCAUUUAGUCUACAAUUUUGUCUACAAUUAAUUGUUCAAUGUGUUGUGCCAUUUAUGUAUAUAUUUAUAACCUUACUGUGUUACCAGUAAUUCAUCUUGCUAUUUGGCUGUGUGAAGUAUUACUCAGACUAUAUAUUAUUAAUUGUAUUUUAACCCUUUCAGGGUCCGUGCCAUAGUUCUACGGCUUUGAGUUGAGGGUCCAAACUGUAGAUCUACGGCAUGAGCUCAGCUCACUCUGAUAAGCUGUGAGCGGUAAAUUUGGGCCUAGAUAUGAGAGAAUACAUCUAUGUGGUAUGUGUGCAUCACAUAAAACAAAUCCUGCAGCACACAGUGCAUAAUGAGAGAAAAAUAACUGAGACCGUAAUUUUCGAUUAAAACAGCGACUGCAGCGUUUUUUCGUAUGUUUUUAUAGUUUAUUUGCGAUUUCUUGUUCUCAUUUGAUAGAAUGGAAGAUAUAUUACAGAAAUAGAGAUGAUUUUGAUUGGUUAUAGUAAUGAAAAUGGCUUGAAACUGAGCUCAGAGUAAUGGAAAUGUUAAAGUUUUGCCAAUGUUCAAGAGUUAACAAAUGACCUCACACGUCUAAUCCACUCCAGCUGUUGGGUCUAAUAUAUGUUCACAAAUAUGGUGAUAUUAUUUAUACAAUUAUUACGAUAUUGCAUUACAGUAACACUUUUAUUUUUUGGUUUGAAUAAAAAUUUAUUAUGUGAAUAAAAAAUCAAAAUGGAAUUCAUUUGUAAAGCCUGAAAGCAUAACUAAUGAACAGAGGAAAUGUUAGUUUAGUGCCAGGAAUGCCUGCAUUGUUUAUUCUGGACCCUAUUUUGAAACUGGAAUACAGUAGACCCCCGGUUAACGAUAUUUUUUCAUUCCAGAAGUAUGUUCAGGUGCCAGUACUGACCGAAUUUGUUCCCAUAAGGAAUAUUGUGAAGUAGAUUAGUCCAUUUCAGACCCCCAAACAUACACGUACAAGCACACUUACAUAAAUACACUUACAUAAUUGGUCGCAUUGGGAGGUGAUCGUUAAGCGGGGGUCCACUGUAUUUUGAACUCUGCAUUAAAUUAGCCAAAUUACCAAAUUCCGAUCACUAUUUUGUAGUUGGAACAGUUGACUUGGCGAAUUCUUGUGCUCAAUCGAUAGAAUAGAAGUAAUACUAGUGAAAUAGCUAAGAAUUUGGUCAACUGGAAUAAUGUAAUUGGCCUAAAAUGGGAGUCGAAAGUCGGCAAAAUCGCCAGUGCGUAAAUAUUGCUGAGACAUCAAAAUUCGUGAGAGCAUAAUUUCAUCAAUUUUCCAUCACAUUUCGUGCUUUUUAUUUUAUUACCUUCAGAAAAAGAAAAAAUAACAAAAAAAAUUUUUUUUUAAUUCUUGGGCCCUGGUGCGCACUUUGAAAUUUGACCUCUGGACCCUGGAAGGGUUAAUAAGUCAUGUCAGUAAAUUAAUUUUGGCAGUAAUAGAAAAGCCUGCUAGAACUUGAAAGUGAAAGUUUAUAAAUAGCAAGGUGGUAAAUCAUGGUAGACUUGAGAAAAUAAUUUGACUAAGGAUUUUUUUUUCAUCAAACCAGCCAUAUCCCACCAAGGCAGGGUGACCUAAAAAGAAAAACAAAAGAUUUAACUAAAGUAUGUACAUUAUAAAAAUGCAGAACAGUGUAUUGGAGGUGCAUACACGAUGAGUAACAAUACUACACUAGAACAACCAAAUAAAAAGAUAGUCAUUGUUGGAGAUGGUUGAGUAAUGAAUCCCUGUAGGUAUACGGUAAUUAAAUUUAAUAUUUGGUUUUAAUAUUACUGUAGAAAUACAAGUACUUUUCAGUAAUAUACCAUAAGUAGGUUUUAAUAAUACUAUGUAUAAGCACAUCGGAGUAUAAAAGUUCUACAUGGGAGUAGGCUACACAUACAGUUGUUCUUACCACUAUACUGUUUAACGUUAAACAUUUAAACAUUGUAUUGCUGCAGUGUUGUAUACCUGAUUUAAAUAUAUCCAUAUGUAAAAAAAAAAAAAGAAAUAAUUUAAAAAAUGAGGAGGGGUAUUUUUCCCAUGGCAUUAAUCAUCCAAAUCGGGUUCCUAACAUUUUUGUGGUUGUAGACCUCCAGUGGUUUGCCUAAUAUGUCCCCAUACCCCCUUCGACAGACUCUCAAAAUUUCAUCAUCAUCGCCACCGGUUCUAUUAGGUACCAGUAUAACUUCAAAGGAAGUCAAUAGCUUGGUUUUACUUUAUAUAUAGAUAGCUAAAUAAUUUAACAACAACUUUUAUUUACACUUGUUCACGGAUUGAGUCCUAUACCACUAUUAUUUGGUUCUCAUACCUCCAAGGGGUAUGGAUACUCCGUUAAAAAACCCUGACGUAAGUGUUAUGGCCAUAGUGAUGUAACAAGCUUUGUGCAGUGAAAGCAAGACUCGGCAGGCAGUGCAACAUUACCCCCAAUGAAAAGCAGGGGUGCUAUGAGUACACUGAAAGAUUACACAUUAAGAGUGUGGGGCCCAAGACUGUUCAACUACCUCCCAGCAUACAUAAGAGUCAUUACCAAUAGACCCCUGUCUGUCUUCAAGAAGGAGUUGUACAGACACCUAAAAUCAGUACCUGACCAGCUGGCCUGCAGUUCAUACAUUGGAUUACAUGUGACUGGCAGUAACAGCCUGGUUGAUCAGGCCCUGAUCCACUGUGAGGCCUGGUCAUGGACUGGGCCAUGGGGGCAUUGACCCCCCAGAACACCCUCCAGGUAUAGUACGUACUUUCCUAAGAGAACACUAAACACAAGUGUACAGUAUGCAGAGCAUUUUGGGUUGACUAUAACUAGGACUUAAAACCACUUGCAUUGUAUAGUUGAAGUUAAAUUAUUUGAAUGCUUAGUUUAAUGUAAUUUAGUUAUCUGAAGAAAAGGUAUUAAAUAUAAUCUUUAUGUUAGGUAACAUUUCAUUUUUAUUAAUUUUAAUAAUUUAAUAAUUUCUUUAUUUCUACAAGUACAUGUACAAGGUAUACAGGCCUAGCCAACAUCAUUGACAUACUGUGUAGAAAGCCGCUUGUUAUGCAGAGCAAUUCGGGCAAAUUAGGUCAAUUUCGUCCCAGGAUGUGACCCACACCAAUCGACCAACACCCAGGUACCCAUUUUAUACUGAUGGGUGAACAUGGACAGCAGGUGUCUUAUGGAAACAUCCUAAUGUUUUUCAGCCGUAUUGGGAAUUCGAACUCCGAACCUCAGUGUGUGAGCCGAGUGUGCUUGCGAUCAAGCUACAGGACACUUAUUUUAAUAAGCAAGUAACAAUAAACCCGGAGUCAUAAUGUCUAGGAAAUAGGUGGAAGUCAAGUUUAGUCCAAUAAGAGAAAAGCCAAGUUGAUGUCCUUAGCUCAGAAGACUCACUGGUUUUAAGGAGCCUCCCUCCAGAGGAUUUUUAGUAACAAAACUAUUACAGUACUGUAUUUUUAAAACAGUAAAGGCAAUAUGAAAAGACAGUAAUACAAACCUGACAGUUUUAGUUUUAAUUUUUUUUAACACGCCAGCCAUCUUCAGCUGAGGUAGGUUGAUCCGAAAAAACACAUUCACCAUCACCCCAUUUAAUGGCUGCCUUUCCAGAAGUGUGCAGACAACAUAAUUUAAAUAACCCUCCAAAAUGCAGCAUCCCUUCCCCACAUUUAAAGUGUAAGCACUAUCCUGGCCUUUCCAUUUCCAGGACUCUUGUCCAGCUCACCAGUUUCCUUGAAUCUCUUCAUAAAUGUUAUUAUGCUUAUACUUCAAUAGCAUGUCAAGGCAUGAAUACCACAUGUCUCCAUUCACUCCCAUCUAACAUAUCACAUAAGUCUGUGGAUUCAAAAGUCACUAAUACUCAAUACCUCCUUGUUGCCCUCCCUCCAUCCCUUCCACUCCAGAUUUAUAAAACCUUUUCUUCAUCCUGUCCUGUUCCAUCCUCUAAAUACCCGAAGCACCUCAACAACCCUUCUUUUGAGUGAGCACCGUCAGGAAGUGAAGAGAAUGGGUUGCUGGAUGGAGGUGUCUGUUGUGUGGCCUGGAGGAUCUUGGUGGUAUCAGUCUGUAGUUUCACUUAGCAACAUAUGUUGGAGAGUUAAAAGUUGUCUUCUUCAGGUCUUCUUUGAUCUUCUUGGACAAGAUUUCCUUUCUUACCGGACAUUUAGCUGCAAGAGUAUGGUGAUUACUCUUGCAGUUAAGACAAAUAGGAGCAGUAGUGGUGGUGCCAGAUCUGUGGUCAUGUCCAUUGUUCACAUAAGUAAAACAGAUUUUCUUGUCCUUGAUGUGGCAGUCCUUGGUGGUUAUUCCUUGGACCAGCCCUUAUGGCUUAGCGCUUCUUUUUGAUUAUAAUAAUAAUAAUAUUCCUUGGACCUGUUAUUUCUUGUAGGAAUAACAGGUCCAGCUGGAAGAGAGAUAUUUAAAGCAUUCAGGCUCGAUGUGGCUAGGGUGUACAAAGUAGUAGGAAAUGUCCAGUCUGUCAGAUAGAGCUUGGACAGCCAUAGCAAUGUCCAUAAAGUUGACCUUAAGCAUAGAGGAGGUGUUGGGUAUCUUCGUGAUGAUGUCCACAAGGGCCCAAACAUCCUGGUCCUCAAUGGAUGACUUGAGUUCUUCGUUAGAGAGGUCUGUGAUAACCCUGUCAAGUAAUUUCACGCAGACAGAACAUUUCACCUUCAAGUAAGGAGAAUUGGAAAUUACAAUGCCAUGAUGGUUGAGUCUUGAUAGCAGUAGGGGUCAGGAUUUUUUGGCCUCUUCUUACAGGUACAGGUGACUAGGAAGGCAUCUUUGAGGGACACAGUGCCAAAGGACUUGACCUGCAGGCUGCUUUUAAGGGCAGCUGCAAGUGCAGGUUUGAAAGCAUCAUUUGCCACGGAACUUUUAGGUUUGAUCUUCACAUGAUAUGACAUCGUGGAAGAGUAGCGUCACCUGUAGACUAUAAAAUUCCCCACCCUGAAGGGAUACAGCUUGAGUGUAAGCAGCAGCAACUGCCCUGCAAGUGGCAAGGUCAGCAGUGCAAUGAACUCAUUUUCCAAAUACAGUGGACCCCCGCUUAACGAUCACCUCCAAAUGCGACCAAUUAUGUAAGUGUAUUUAUGUAAGUGCGUUUGUACGUGUAUGUUUGGGGGUCUGAAAUAGACUAAUCUACUUCACAAUAUUCCUUAUGGGAACAAAUUCGGUCAGUACUGGCACCUGAACAUACUACUGGAAUGAAAAAAGUUCGUUAACCGGGGGUCCACUGUAUUUUCAAUGGUUUUCAUACCCACCCAUCCUAGCUCAACUACCUCCCCCUUAAUUAAAAUAUUUCUUAGCCUAUUGUGGGUACUCAGUGGCUUAUCACUUCUUUAUUGUCACUGUGAUAUGAUGAUGAUACAAUGCCUAUGAUGAGAAGAAGUGAUGUGAUGGUGUAGGCAUUGUGACAUUGUGUUAGGCAGUUGACCAGUUAGGAAGGGAUGCAAAGAGGAGUAGAAGUGGUGGAAAAUCAGUGUUUUAUACUAAGGAGAGAUUGAGGAAAGGAAGGAAUCAUGCUUUUUUACAAUCUCAUGAAGGGAAUUUGUAAUGGCCUUUACUGAUUUUUUAUUUAUUUUAAAACACUCCCCAAAAAAUUAAGAAUUUUUGAUUAUACAAAAUAAUGAUAUAUUGUCCAAUUCCUUCUAACAGUUUGUCUUUACCCUUGUUUAUGUAAAGUCAACUAUAACAUCCUAAACAUUAACAAUCUGUCACAAAUUUUACCAAGGUGUUGCCAUAUCAAAUACGUAUCAUUAUUUUAUUUUAUUCUAUUCUUAUUUUUGGGCAACCUUCAUGAAUCUUCUAGUAUGCACUUUAUACCACCUUGUUAAAAUUUUCUUAGUAAAAUUCUGCUCCCCUUUUAAUAUUUUUGGGCCACCGUGAACAGCAGAUAACCGAACCCUCCGAUAUGGGUGUCGUAUUGUGCAUCAAAAUCUAUUCAUAACAUUCACACCACACAUUACUCUUAAACAUGACAUCUCUGCCUCCAGCCUCCUCCUUGCUGCAUCAUUUAAAGUUUAUGCCUCACACCCAUAUAAAAGUGUGGGUAUUUCAGGUUUUUUUUUUUCAACAUAGAUAAACUUUUUUUUUCAACAGGUAUCUACCUUUUUUUUUCCCCAUGUCUAUUCUAUGCUUUACCUCUUCUUUCAAAAAUCAGUCUGCCAUAUGUCUACUCCCAUAUAUCUAUAUACAUUUGCUGCUUUCACACUCCCUCCACUCUGAUAUCCAGUCUCAGAUUGCUUGUAGUUUUUGUUACUCUCAUCACCUUGCUCCUUUUUAUGUUCACUUUUAAUUUCCUUCUUUUAUAUCACCCUUUCAAAUUGAUCCACCAACCUUUGAAGCUUCUCUUCAGAAUUUCCCUAAAAUCUGUGCAAUAGGUAAAGAGCAUCAGUGAUAACUCACACUUUGUAUCAGAUUCACUGUCUUUUAAUCCUACACCUUUCUUCCCAACACACUAGUAUUCACUGCUUAUACGACCCCAUCCAUAAAUAUGUUAAACAAUCAUUGUGACAUCACACAUUGCUAAGACCUUCUUUUACUUUUAUAGUACAUGUAAUUAUUAAGAGUUUUAGAAAAAUAAAAUAGGGAUAACAGAUGCAUGGUUUUGAAUGCAUUAGAUGUAUUUGAUAUUUAUAUUCAGUCUGCACCUUUCAAGGCAAGUGAAAUUGCUGACCUAGAAAAUGUACAGAGAACCUUCACGGCGCACAUAACGGAGAUAAAACACCUCAAUUACUGGGAGCGCUUGAGGUUCCUGAACCUGUAUUCCCUGGAACGCAGGCGGGAGAGAUACAUGAUUAUAUACACCUGGGAAAUCCUAGAGGGACUAGUACCGAACUUGCACACGAAAAUCACUCGCUACGAAAGCAAAAGACUUGGCAGACGAUGCAACAUCCCCCCAAUGAAAAGCAGGGGUGUCACUAGCACGUUAAGAGACCAUACAAUAAGUGUCAGGGGCCCGAGACUGUUCAACUGCCUCCCAGCAUACAUAAGGGGGAUUACCAACAGACCCCUGGCAGUCUUCAAGCUGGCACUGGACAAGCACCUAAAGUCGGUUCCUGAUCAGCCGGGCUGUGGCUCGUACGUUGGUUUGCGUGCAGCCAGCAGUAACAGCCUGGUUGAUCAGGCUCUGAUCCACCAGGAGGCCUGAUCACAGACCGGGCCGCGGGGGCGUUGACCCCCGGAACUCUCUCCAGGUAAACAUAAAUUUAAAGCAAAUGUAGUUUUUUUUUUUUUUUUUUAACUAUUUUGAAACAGCCGAUAAGGAACUUCAAGAAUCUUCUGGUAGUGUUUUCCAUAUUUUGGGGCCUUUUAUUUAUACAUAUACAGUGGUACCUCGGGAUACACACUUAAUUCGUUCCAGACAGCUGUUCAUGCCGAUACCAAACGAAUUUUUUCCCAUAAGGAAUAAUGUAAAUUAGAUUAAUCCAUUUCAGACCCCCAAAAAUACACUUACAAAAGCACUUACAUAAAUACACUUACAUAAUUGUUCGAGUUUUGUGCUGUUCGUAUUCCGAGGUACCACUGUAUUAUUUCUGCAACAUUAAACACAUGGGAUUUACUUGUAUCAUUCUGUUGCAGCUCUCUAAGAUGAGCUUUAGGACAGUUAAAAUUUGUAUCGACUGUUCUGCUUAUUUGGUACUCAUUAGCAAGUAUGGAUGUUUUGUAUGUUGAGUACAGUAAAUUAAACUUUUGAGAGUAGUAUGGGUAUAUGUUGUCUGUAACCUGAUUACUGAUCAUUUUAAUAGCAGGUUUCUGUUGAGCUGCAGUGGGUUUUUGGUGAUCUUUUGUUGUAGAUCCCUAUGCAUAUGUACCAUGAGUGGGGUAAGGAUAGGGAGAUAAAUAAGAGUGAAUAAUCUUGUAUGAGAUACAGUACAUGAUAAUGUAUUUCUUAAAGAAUGCCAACUUUUAUAGAAAUUUUAUUAGAUAUAUAUACUGGAUGUGAGUGUUGAAUUUUAGUUUGCUGUCAGGGUGUAUACUAUACCUAAGAAUUUUCCCUCAUCUUGUCUUUCAAUGUGUAUAUUAUUAAACCUUAUGUUUAGUUGAAUACAGUAUUUUUUUUAUUUAUUCCCAAACACUGCAUAAAAAGUCUUACUAAUAUUAAAUGUAAAUUUAAAUGUAAAUUUGUUUCAUUAGGCUACACUUGGCCAGCUGAUGUGUGCCUGUGACUGGUUUUGAUUAUAGGACAUUCUUUGGUUUGGAAUUAUUUAACAUUAACUUUAGUUGCACAGAAUGCUAUUUUAAGUAGUUGUAAAGUGCCAAAUUUUGUUUUCAGUGACAUUUGUGUUAACAGGAGUAUAGAUUGGCAUUCAUGCAAAAUUGUUUUCUCUUAUAUGGUCAGAUUACCAUUUCAUUAAAAAUAAGAUUAAAAUUUUACAUAAUCUUCUAUCAACAAAUUGGCUAUAUCCCACUGAAGCAGGGUGGCCCAAAAAGAAAAAUGAAAGUUUCUCUAUUUAACUUCAGUAAUGUACACAGGAGGAGGAGUUACUAGCCCCUUGCUCCCAGCAUUUUAGUCGCCUCUUACGACACGCAUGGCUUACAGAGGAAGAACUCUGUUCCACUUCCCCAGCAAAUGGAAUAAUGCAGUAUGCUAUAAAGAUUUAAAAUGAUAAAAGGAUAUAUUUUUUUAAAUUUUCAUAAUAAUUUUGAUGAAAGCCUAUUAUGUAGAUAUGAAAUAUUAAUAACAGCAAAAGUUUAUCUAAUUCUUUGAUUGUUGCUGUAGUAACAUGAAGUAAAUUUCACUUAUACAUCAUGAACAUGCAUUGUGCUGUAAUUUUUUUUAUUGCCAUGUACUGUAUUAAAAAUUUAUGUACAAAGUUCUGUAAUAAAUAAUUUGUAACAAUU